AUGUCGUCCGGCCUUCUUCAGCAUGCGCCCGCUGCUGGAUCCAUCAUUCUCCGAGCCCUGUGUCACCCAGUGGACUUCUUUGCCAGUGUUGGUCCCACCGUCAAUGAGCUAACUUUUGGUUUGUUUGGUUCGUCUUUUGAGCCGCAGCGAGAUAUAGGUGAUCUUUCUGGGAAAGUUGUACUUAUUACCGGGGGCAAUACCGGCCUUGGAAAAGAAACCGUCCUCCAACUUGCCCACCAUCGUCCUUCCCGCAUCUACCUAGCAGCUCGGAAUGAGACCAAAGCCCGCGAUGCCAUCACUUCUAUCCAAGAAACCCUAUCGGAGCCUGUCGAUAUCAGACACAUACCAUUAGACUUAGCGUCUUUCCAGUCCAUCCAUGCGGCUGCAAAGAAAUUCAGUGUGGAGUGUGAUCGCCUGGAUCUGUUGAUUCUCAACGCUGGCGUCAUGGCAAACCCACCGGGUCUCACGGAGGAAGGGUUCGAGAUCCAGCUGGGUACAAAUUAUAUCGGCCCCUUUUUGCUCACCAAAUUGCUCCUCCCUACACUCCAAAAGACUGUCGCGAGCGCAGGUCCUGCACCAGAUGUGAGGAUAGUGACGGUUAGCUCUCUGGGACACUGUGCUGCUCCCUCAUUUGAGGUGAUGACGUCCACACCAUCACUGCUGGCCACAGGGCCAUUCACUCGAUACGCUGCUUCCAAGGCUGCCAAUGUCCUGUUUGCAUCUGAGCUUGCUCGACGCUACCCGGAGCUUCUCUCAGUUUCUCUUCAUCCAGGGGUGAUAGCUAGUGAAUUGUACAACCACACCAAGGCAAUGGGCAUCAUAUUGAACAUGGGUGUUAAUUUUAUUUCCCUGGUCUCCCGUACUGUACGCACUGGAGCGAUGAACCAGCUCUGGGCGUCUGGAACGACAAGAGAGAACUUGAUAAACGGGGGGUACUACGUUCCCAUCGGGAUACGCGGUUCUUGUAGGUACACCGACGAUGCAGACAUGGCUCGAAAGCUGUGGGAGUGGACGGAAAAGGGGAUUGCUGAGAGGAGUUGA